AUCUCCUUUCUCAUCUGCGUCUUCCUCGGCCUAGCCCUCCUAGCCCUCCUCCUACCGUUCCAACCCAACCUCUUCGCCUCUUCGCCUCGUCUCCACACCACAAUGGCACCAGCAGCAACCACCUCCGCCGCCGCGGACCCCUACGCCUGCGCGUCCUACCCGUCGCUGGACGGCGCGACGUCGGCGCCGCCCGCAUACUGGCCUGCAGACCGCAACGCGACCGCCGGCCAGCGCGCAUGCACCGCCUUCCCAAACUACUACAUGGUGCAGUGCUGCGGCUCGGCUUCGGCCGGCGCGGGCAGCGCAAGCGCCGUGGUGCGCGAGCCCAAGUGUGGUUGGGAAGUGUGUAUUUCCUCCACGACGGACGCGCAGUGGGAGGCGUGCUUUAAGGCGCUCGAUGCGCAGCGGGGCAACGUCUCGGAUAAGGGGUAUACGUACAAGUGUGCGAGUGGGGAGAAGAAGAAGGAGGAGGAGAAGAUGAGCGGCGCGCGCCGCGCCGUCGUCGGCGCCGCGGUUGUUGUUGCGGCCUGUAUGGCGCUCGCGCUUUAGUUUAAACUCGACGGGUUCUUGUUGUUAUGGUUAUUUGUUUGUUGGAUC